UUUUUUCGCUUCCCCUUCCUUCUUGGUCUCUUCCUGACCACCUCCGAGGAAGACGCACACCACCGAGGGCGACGAGCGAGCGCAGAGAGGGAAAGAGAAGGAAAAAAAUUAAUAAAAACAAUCUAAACCGCAGGAAAGGACAAAAGGGAGGGGGGGGGGGGGGGUGGGGGCGCGAAAUACCCUAGGCCGCGCGCGAUCCCGGCGAUCCUCGGCGGGGGUCGCCCCGGCCCCGCCGCCGGCAGCGUGGGAGAGAUGCUGGGGCGGCGCGGGGACAUGGGGUACGAGGAGGGGGAGCUCGAGCUGGAGGAGGGCGAGGCGGCCCUCGGCGGCGCGGACGGGUACGGUGGCUACGGCUACGGCUACGGGUACGGCAACGGCGGCGGCGGCGGCCAGCUCAUUGAUGCCGACGCGACCACCUACAUCGAUGAAAAAGUUCAAAAAUUGUUGGGCCAUUUCCGUAAGAAAUUUGAUGGCCCAAUAACUCUUGAGAAUUUGGGGCCGCUAUAUGGGCGCAGUGGUUCGUUCUUGCCAGCAUACCUGGCCUUUCCUCAAUAUAGGAACCCUGCAGAUCCACUGAACCAUGCCAGUGCCUCUAGAUCACCAUAUUUGCCAACAGAGGCUGCACAAAAGAACCAUUUUGUUAAGACCAAAUUAGACAGCAGCAGGAAAAAUGACUACUAUCAAAUAUCCAAUGAGUGCAAUGGUAAUCUCUCAGGACAGAUGUUAAACAGAUCAAUCAAUUGUUCUGAGCAGAAAGCACCAAAAAUACGUAUCAAGGUGAAUAAUAAUAAAAGUUUGGCAAGAAAUACUGCUGCUAUUUACAGUGGUUUGGGCCUUGACAUUUCCCCAUCAUCAUCCACGGAAGACAACCUAGAUGGGACUGCUGAGGCUCCAGUGCCUGAAGUUUUGCCUGAUGAAUCUCCGCGUACCAUUUUUGAGAUAAUGACCUGCCAUUUUAUUCCUGGAGGACACUUGCUCUCACCCCUCACAGGAAAUGUUAUGGAACUGAGACAAAAGCCUAAAGCUAUGAUAAAACAUGAAGCACCUGAAUUUCAUGUUGGCAAAGCAGAAUUGCACAGAGGUCGGGGCCAAACAGCCUCUGCUACGCUGGAUAUCAAAGAUAAGAAUGCCAAGGAAGUCAAGUAUGAUGAAAAGAAAGAUAGGGUUCCCAAAUUCAAGAGUUUAAAAUGCAGAGUUAACAAACCAUCUGCUGUGAAUAAGGGAACUAUGCCUCAUGUACAGGAUGUUUCAGAUGAUACUGGUUCAGAUUUCUUACCUACAAUCAUAAAGACAAAACAUUCAGUUGAGGGGUCUGAAAUAUUUACUGGUGAGAUUUCAGAUCAAAUGCAGGGACCAAAGAAGGGUCUAUUAAAAGGAUACAUUAGUGACAAAAACAAGGACAAUAAGAAAGAACCUUCACUUGAUCAUGGAUUUUCAUAUAAAAUCAGUUAUGAUUCUGAAGAGUACAACAAUCAACAUUCUAUCGGUUCUAGUCACCUUGAAAGCAUUCCUAGCAAAACUUCGUCGCUGGAGAGGGACAAGGAAAAAGUAGUGCAUGUAAAAGAGGAACUAUCUCAGUACAAAAGUAAGGAAAUGAGAAGCCUGUUUAGUGCAGAAUCCGUGGAUAUCAUGGAAGGAAAUGUUGGUAGAAAUUAUUCAGGACUGAUAAAAGGGAAGAACAAGAAAGUUUCCUCUUCGCAAGCUGCCCUGUCUGGGAAGAAGCUCAAGUUCAAGGCACAGAAACAAUUGAAUGAAGACAGAGACAGAAAAUCUAAUGGUGAAGAUCAAGAUUAUGCUUUAGACCAUAGAAUUGAUUUGGCUAAUUCAUAUCCAAAAGAUAAGAGUGUGAAGCUUGAGAAAAAGACCAUUUCAUUUGGGGAGACUGAUAACAAAUCAGUAGUUGGAAAUGGUGGUGAGCUCAAGAUCUCUACCUUGUUUGAUAACAAAUCAGAUCCUUUGCCAUUAGUAUAUAGGAAUGGGACUGCAGAAUCAUCCACAGCUCUGACUGCGCCUGCACCUGUUGUAAUAAAUGAACAAUGGGUGUGCUGCGACAAGUGUGAGAAUUGGCGCCUUUUACCCUAUGGGAUGAAUCCAGAUAUACUUCCCAAAAAAUGGCGGUGUAGCAUGCAGAGUUGGCUGCCUGGAAUGAAUAGCUGCAAAAUAACUGAAGAUGAGACCACAAGAGCCCUUCGUGCUCUUUAUAUGGUUCCUGCACCUGAAAAUAAUAUUAAGGAUGGUGGUCAUGAUGCUACGGCAGGCAUAGGUGCAGCUAUUGCUCCAAUUUUUAAGGGAAAUAUGCAGUACAUCAGUAUAUCGGGGAAGUUGAAAGGUUCCCAUGAUGGAGCCAAUGUAGGAAAUACUUUUGACUUGGCUGAUAUGUCAAAGCCCUCAAAGAAGCCACAUUUUCCUUCCAGUAGAAAACCUGAUGGUGUUAAUUGUUUCCCUAAACUCAAGGAAAAACGGAAGAUAGCGGAAUCAUCAGAUAAAGGAGAAAUUGUUGAAAAAGAUCAGUCAAAUCCAAUGAGGAUCAGUGUAGGGGUUGAUCUUGAUAACCUGAGAGCAUCAAAGAAAAUGAAGAAAGAAUCCAAUGGCCCUGUGAUGAAGCAUCAACCCUUGGAGUUUGAAAUAAGCAAAAGUAGUCCUCCUGCCAAUGUGACUCUGAAAGACAUGCAGAAGUGUGUUGGUAUUUCACCUGGCAUGGGAAAGUAUGGUUCAUCUUCAUCAGAUAAACAUUCGCAUGGUGAAGACAAAGAUUUUUCAGAUAGGGUCAUUAAAACAUCAGAAACAGAAAAUUCUGGUCUUCCAGAUUCAUCUAUUAAGAAGAGAAAAUUGAAAAGAAGGCAGUCAAGCCAGCAUGAUCUUGACCCGGGGCAUAGCAAUGCCGACAGAAAUGUAAAGCAAAAUAUUAUUGAAACUAGUGUUGUGAAGAAAAAACCCAUGCCAGAACUGAAGUUGUCAAAGACAGAUAGGACAGCGGCCCAUUAUAGAGACACAGUUGCUGAAACUGAUGAUGAUAGAAUAUCUGCUGACAAAGAGUGUUUAAGUGAGCAAUAUCAAGAAAAUACCUGUUUCCAGUAUCCAUUGCUCUCUGAAAGCUCCCCAAGGAGGAAUGCCUGUCAUGUACAAACAUCUACAGCGGCCACUUCGAGUUCAUCCAAGGUGUCUAACUCCCACAAGUGUAAAGCUGUUUUUGAGGAAAUGAGGGCCUCACCUGUAGAGUCAGUUUCUUCCUCACCCUUGAGAACUUCUGAUAAGAAUCCUUUGAGUAGACAUAAAAGCUAUUCAUGGGCAGAAGCAGAAAAUGUGCAUUCUCAGGAGUCAGGGAAGAAAGGUUCUUCAUGCUCCAACAGAAACACCGCCGUUGGAUCUGAUUCUGAUCAAGCUAAGGCUCAUGCUUCUGGUUUAUUUAAUGGAGACACAGGCCAUCAUGUUCAGAAUGAUAGGGAGUUGCUGAAAGAUAAACAAGACUUAACGAAUGCAUGCCUUAUAAACAAGGGUUCUGGGCGCAGUAUUAAAAAUGUCCAGUUGAAUCCUGAACGUAAAGUUAAUCGAGAUGCCCUGCCAUUACAUGACAACCGUGAUCACAAGCAACCAACAGGCCGACAGAAUGGGAAAACACCGCCCCAUUUUGAUUCAAACCGAAGCGACCAUGCAAACUUGACUUAUGGGAAUAUUAAGCCUGAUAAUAUACCACAUAAUGACUUGAAAAUAAAUCCAUCUACAGUCAAAGGAAACAAGCAGCAGCAAUUAUUAAACAAUGCAUCAAAUGGUGAUGCCUCUUACAAGGAAAACCAAAUAGAAAAGUCUGUUAUUGAAAAUUUGGAAACUAGGAAGCAAGUAACUGUUGAUGGUGAUGCUUCAAAUCUAACAAAUGCUUCUGUUCUGCUGAAGGAAGCUCGAGAUUUGAAGCACUUGUCUAAACGUCUGAAGGGAAAAGGGGAUGACUUUGAGAGUACAAGCAUGUGCUUUGAGGCGGGUCUGAAAUUUCUCCAUGUUGCUUCUCUAUGGGAGGGUCCAACUGUUGAUAGCUCCAAACAAGGGGAUUCUGUACAAGCUAUGAAACUAUAUUCUGAAACAGGAAACCUUUGUGUAUUCUGUGCUUCAGAAUUUGAGCGACUUAAGAAAAUGGCGAAUGCUGCAUUGGCAUAUAAAUGUGUGGAAGUGGCGUAUAUGAAGGCAGCUUUCUUUAAACAUCCUGGUGCAAUUAAAGAUAGGCAUGCAUUGCAGGCAGCAUCUUUGAUGGUUCCUCCAGCUGAGUCUCCAUCAUCUUCUGCUUCAGAUAUUGAUAACUUAAAUAACCAGAGCACAGUUGCUAAGGCUGUUUCUGCAAGGGGCGUAUACUCUCCUCAGAUUGCUAGCAAUCCCAUAUCUCGGAACAAUCAUCACUUGAUGGGAUUGCUUUCUUAUGCAGAGGACACAAAUAAUGCAUUCGAGGGAACCAGAAAAUCGCAAAAUUCAUUUUCUGCUUAUCUUUCUGGUAUUGGAAAGGGUAAGGUGAACGGUGUUUCUCUUGUGAGGGAAGUACUUGAUUUCAGUUUUCAUGAUGUCAAGGGAUUGCUGCAACUGAUUCGUCAUUCAUUGGAGUGUAUCAACCAUGAAAGUGUUAAAUAGUAGAACGAAAAUACUUCCUGUGAAUAAAGAUCUAUUAUGGCAAGCUUUGGCGUUUGUGCUACAUUGGUACCUCCUCCAAUAUGGAUGUAGAGAUAAAACAAGAUCAGAGAGUAAAUGUCUGUGAAUGGAAAGGAUUCAUGUUGCCUUCUCUUGUGGGGUGAUCAUUUGGACCAGCGCAGACUGCCAAAAUAUUAUUUUACCAAGUCUACUUUUGUUGCCUGAAAGUAUUUCUUGCCAAUGAUCAUUUGACUAGUGAACUGGCAAAGGGGAUACGAAGAAUUAGCCUGCAGAUGUAAAUUUGCUACAUCCACCAUUCUUGGUUUUGAUGUCCUGUGAGUGACCAAAUCCAAGUUUUGAAUUUGAAUCUGAUCUCCAUCUGUUGCAACGUUUUGGAGUUGCACUGGGAGUGUCUAAUUUACAAAGUUACAGAGGUUCGAUGAGGCUUGUCUCACUCCAAUCGUCGUUGUAUAUAGGACAAUCUUUUAGCUCUUUCCUUCCCUUUUUCUCGAUACCUGUGUAUAUUAUACUAGAAAAAGGAAACAAUUUUGUCAUAAUUUUUGGUUAAUGGUUGUAAUGGUUCUGGUAUUGCAAAAUUGAUUCUUUGGUGGCCUGGGGAAAGCUGGUCCAGUUGCCCUAUCAGUUUGUUUGGGUGCCUUGUUACUAUAAAUAGUUUUCAGUAUUUGAUUCA